AUGCAGGCGCACUUACCGGAAGUGGAGACCUUGAGGAGACAAGAGCAAGAGUGGUACCGGAAGUUGUGGAAGCCCUUCUCUUCCUUCGCCUCAGUUUCCGGGGCGGACUCAGUGGACUUUGAAGAUGUGGCCGUGGACUUCACAGGGGAGGAGUGGGACUUGCUGAGUCCUGUUCAGAGAAAACUCUACAGAGAUGUGAUGCUGGAAACCUUCAAGAACCUGGCCUCAGUGGAUAAUGAGACUCAACUUAAAACCAAUGGGUCCAUUUCUCAGCAGGAUAUUUUUGGAGAAAAAUUAUCCAUUGAACAGAAAAUAGCAAGGUUCAAAAGAAAUGAUACCUGGGCCUCCCUUUUAGGAAAAAAUUGGGAAGACCAUAGCAUUAAAGAUAAGCGCAAAAACCAGGGGAGACACUUGAGAAUUGAAAUGGUGGCGAGACCAUGUAAAAACAGUAAAGAUAAUGAGCAUGGCAGAACCUUCAGCAAGAUUCCAAAUCUUAAGCUGCGCAAGAAACGUCCUAUCGGAGUAAAGCGGUAUGAAUGCAGUCAGUGUGGAAAUGUCUUUACUCAUUCUUCAUCCCUUAUGAGACACAAAAGAAGUCACAGUGGACAAAAACUAUAUCGAUGUGAGGAAUGUGGGAAAGCCUUCGGUCGUCCUUCAUACCUAUGGAUUCACGUGAAAACUCACAGUGGAGAGAAACCCUAUGCAUGUAAAUUUUGUGGGAAAACAUUUCUUCGUUCCUAUUCUCUCACUGAACAUAUAAGGAUUCACACUGGAGAGAAACCCUAUGAAUGUAAGCAGUGCGGGAAAGCCUUCAGUUGCCCCAAAUCUUUUCGAUCACAUGUGAUGAUGCACAGUGGAGGGAAGCCCUAUGAGUGUAAGCCAUGUGGGAAAGCCUUCAGUUGCCAAAAGUCCUUUAGAGUCCAUAUGAUAAUGCACACUGGAGAGAGCCCCUAUGAAUGCAAGCAGUGUGGGAAAGCCUACUGUUGGCUUACAUCCUUUCAAAGACAUGUGAGAAUUCACAAUGGAGAGAAACCCUAUAAAUGUGAAAAAUGUGGGAAAGCAUUUGGUUGGCCUUCAUCCUUACACAAGCAUGUGAGAAUGCACACUGGGAAGAAACCUACAAAUGUAAACAGUGUGGGAAGGCCUUCAGUUGGGCCUCAUGCUUCCAAAAAUGUAGGAAAGCAGACCGGAGACAAUGUCUAUAAAUGUGAAAAAUGUGGGAAAACAUUUGGUUGGUUCUCAUCCUUACACAAACAUGUGAGAAAGCACACUGGAGAGAAACCUAUAGCUGUGAACAGUGUGGGAAAGCCUUCAGUUGGGCCUCAUUCUUCCAAAAAUGUAAGAAUACAGACUGCAGAGAAGCCCUGUAAAUGUGAAAAAUGUGGGAAAGCUUUCAAUUGUCCCAAAUCCUUUCAAGGUCAUGUGAGAAAUCACACUAGAAAGAAACUCUAUAAAUCGAAGUAG